CUCACUCUCUCUCUCCCCAUAACCUUCCUCCUCCUCUUAGCAUCCUCUCCCCUCACACUGCUCUGUGACUCCACUUGCGCUCGCAGCCUGUUUCCUGCCUCUCCGCUCUCCGUACUCACACACACACACACGCAUGCAUGCACACACACUCUCCUCUCUCCGUCUUGUCACACUCGGUCCUGUGCAGACUUGAGCUCUGGGAGUGGAGGAGAUGAUGCUGGCACUGAUUCCCUUCUUUUCUCUCCUGAAGAAGGGAAAACUAGUCUGAGAGAGAUGUUGAUGCAACAGCACCUCUUUCCCUCUGCCUGCCUCCUGCCAAGCUCCAGCUCUUAUUAGGUGGAUUUAAGCGACAGAGAGAGCUUUGCAGUUGAGGUGUACUGGAUCUUCCGCUUCUCUUUUUUCAUCGUCCCACCUCAAAGGAUGCUCAGAUCCCUGCAGGAUCAGGGAUAUCACUUCUGGAACUGUCAUCGGGCUCGCUGCCCCGGCAUCGUUGCAGUCUGAGGCGGCCCGGUCCCCUGAAGGAAAGCAGAAGCAUGUCAGAGGCACCUGUGAUGCUGAAGGAAAUGAGCCGAAUGCGUGCCGUUCUGCAGGACUCGAGCCUCUGAACCAGAUUGAGAUUAUCUUGGAAGAAAUCUGUUGGAUCCUUGGAGUUGCUUUCUCAUGGUUUUCUUACUUUGAUCGCUUGGAUCCGACCAAUAGCCUGGUACCUUUGAAGACCACACUAGGCAUUGGCGAUGAUAUCAAGGAGGCGAUGACUUUGGUUUGGAUCCACUAAGCACCCAAAGGUGAUUAGAAAAAUCCCCAGGCCCCUGUCAGGUACUCCAAAUCAGCACUCUGAGAUGACCCAGGAACAGUGCUCUCAUAGGAACAAUGUCCAGAGUUCAGAGAAACCACAAGUGUACAAAGUGGGAAUAUACGGCUGGAGGAAACGCUGCCUUUACUUCUUCGUCCUGCUGCUAAUGAUCCUGAUCCUGAUCAACCUGGCACUAACAAUUUGGAUCCUCAAGGUCAUGAACUUCACCAUCGACGGCAUGGGCAACCUGAGAAUAACAGAAAAGGGCCUGAAACUGGAGGGAGACUCUGAGUUCCUCCAACCUCUCUAUGCCAAAGAAAUCCGGUCCAGUCCAGGCCGCCCGCUGUUCCUGCAGUCGUCCAGAAACGUCUCGGUCAACAUCGUGAACAGCAACAACCAGCUGCUCACGCAGCUCGUCACAGGAUCCAGCGGAUUUAAAGCACGAGGGAAGAUGUUUGAAGUCAAAUCCACCUCCGGGAAGCUGCUGUUUUCCGCUGAUGAGCAGGAGGUGGUGGUCGGCGCAGAGAGACUCCGGGUGAUGGGGGCCGAAGGAGCAGUGUUCAGCAAAUCUGUGGAGACGCCGCAUGUCAGGGCCGAGCCGUUCAAAGAGCUACGGUUGGAGUCUCCCACCCGCUCUUUACUGAUGGAGGCCCCAAAAGGAAUCCAGAUCCUGGCCGAGGCCGGAGACAUCCAGGCCAUCUGCAGGAACGAGCUGCGGCUGGAGUCCAAAGAUGGAGAGAUUGCUCUGGAUGCUCAGAGGAUCCGUCUGAUGAGGCUGCCAGAAGGAAAAGCCCCUUCCAGCUCCUCGUCCUCUGGGACUAGGCAGACUGUCUAUGAAGUUUGCGUUUGUCCUAACGGGAGACUUUUUCUGUCCCUUGCUGGCACCGGAUCCACCUGCCAGAUCAACAACAACGUCUGCCUCUAGGACUACAACUCUAGGAUUUUGUACAACUAUAAAUAAGAUAUUUGGUGGGAAGGGGGAAAAAAUGACACGCAGAGCAGGCCAAUGUACAAACGCUGUCUGCCUCUAGGACUGAUCCAUGGCAAAUACAAAAACUGCCGGAGCCAACGGACAAACAAAUAAGCGUCAUUUUUCAAUCAAAAACACUUUAACCUUAGGUUCUACUGAUGUGUUUAAAAAGUGAAUAGGGACGAGUUUGCUUUAAGGUUUCUGAGAGGUGCCAAAUUUCAGUGCGAACAUAUAUUUUUCCCUAACUUCUACAAGACUCUAAAAGUUACAGGUUUCAAUACCUUUUUAAUACAGAAGGACAGAAUGGCACCUUUUGCUCUCUCCUGGACAGAGACAAGUAUAAAUAAGGUUGGUGUUUGUAUUGUAACGGCUUGACCCUAAAUGACUCACAUGAUACGGCUAUUUAUUAAUAGCAAGCAAACAUAGGAAACACUUAACGUAGAAUUCCAGUGAGUAUUUUCUCCUGAUAGAAAUGGAGAGUAAAUUCCUCUGAGAUCUACUGUAAAAGACACUGAUCUGUUCCCUUUUUUCCCCUGGACCUUCUCAGUGCCAGAACCACUGGGGUCAUCACCCAUGACAACAGGCCAAGUAUCUUUGCUAUUUAAAUUUGGUUUUGCAGAACAAUUGAGAAAUAUUUUAGCUGCUGUGUUUGUAUGUGCUUUUAUUUGGCUGAUUUUCACUCACAGUUUCUACAUAAGUUUGGCCAUGUUACCUUCACAUCAAACUUAAGUUCAAUCAAAUUACAAAAGUUUCAUAAGGUUUUUGUGCAUAAAAUAUUCAAUAUUUGUUGUCUUCUCAUUAAUCCAAAAUGUCUUUUAUCACACAAGCAGUUGAAAACAAAUCAAUCACAGCCGAUCCAUUAAAUAAUCAAGUAUUAAAAUAAGUGAUUAUUGUUCACAAUGCUGCAUAGAAAUCACACCCUGAGGUGUUAUAAAUCUUGAAAAAUAUAUUUAAUUUUAGUAAAAAUCUUAAUUUAAAGUAGUGUGUUUUCAACCCUUUGCAGCUGUUUUGUCAUUUUUUUGCCUUAACAAAAAUAUACUUCCAACCAGGCUGCUCAGAGAAGCAAAACUUACAUUAUGUUAAUUUUAAACCACAAUAAAUAAGUAAAUAAAUAAAUAAAUAAAUAAAUAAAUAAAUAAAUAAAUAAAUAAAUAAAUAAAUAAAAUAAGCUGCCUGAACCCUUGUGGUGAUCACCCUACUGGUUUCUUGCCCUGUAAGUUUAAAAAAAAUAAAUUGAACCACUCUUUUGAAAGAGGGGAACUGUGCCUGUGCCUUAUGUCAAUGCACUCGUGGCAAGAAGAAGCACAUCAGACAAACUUUCUUUGGCAUUAACGAGCUUCAUGGUCUGAUUUUAGUUUAGAUUUUAUCCAGUUCACAAACCUUUUCCUUGUGUUUGAAUGCAAAGACCUUCAGCUGCCUCCUACUGUAGACGCUCACAUCUGACUGUUGUGAGGGAUACAGUAUGUUGGGUUUUCUUUCAUGUAUCACAAUUUAUAUUUUUGUUUUUAAAAGAUUGCUUUUCAGUUUGUGUUAAAGCUUGACUUGGCAAUCAUGUGAUACUGUGGAGUUUAAACUGUAUUAAGUUGAUUUUUAAACACUUGGACACUUACCUUAAGAAUACACUAAAAUAUAUUUUUGUCAUUAGAAACAUGUUUCAAUGUCCACCUAUGAUCUUCAGCAUUUGGUAAAUUCUUCACAGGAGAUGUACAGAUAUUCUCUGCAGAAGUUUUGCUACCUUGUUUAAUAACUAUAAAAAGAUCCAAGCUAAUUAAAUACUUGGGUAAGAGUUUGGACACAUGUAAAGUCCAACUAAAGAAAGAAUAUUUUAUAAAUUGUGUUGUACACUUCAACUUGCAAACCUCCAUUUUUUUGUGAUCAUAACACCCCCUCAACAUUGGCAGUAUUGUGGAAAUGUUCAGCUAACAUUACAAGACUCAUCCCCCCUUGUACAGGUGAAGGGUUUGCAAACAACCAGGCAAAAUCACAAGCUUGACAAUUAUGUGUCAAAAAUGUAUCACGAAGUACAGAAUUGGUCAGUAAAAAAUGAAAAAGCUUUUUCGCUGUUGUUUUAAGCUUCAUGUGUUCAAAUAAAACCUUUGUUGAGAUAUGAAGGACUUCUGUGGAGGGUCAUAUGAUAAAAAAAGUUGUAAUUUUAGACUACAGUUUUAUAAAUGGUGUAUGAAAAUCACUUUACUGAAGACUAGGCUUUUGUCAAUGUUUGCAGUUAGAAGAAAACGUAGAUAUUGGUAAAAGAAAAAAGGUUUGUAUGUAGUAAGUGUUCAACAGGGUUGUGUUUUCCAACUGUUUGGAAAAUGUUCCUGAACCAGAUGAAAACCACUUUAAGAUAAAAAAAGGGUUUAAUUCAAUAACAUGUUUAUGUUGAUUUUUAGAGAAACUCGCACUCUUUUCUUGAUUUACCUGCCAUAUGAUGUGUUUUAACCUUCCAGCAGCAGGUUUCUCUCUGAAGGGAAGGACAGGGAAGGGGUGGAGAUGUUGUGUUUGCAGCUGUAUUGUGCAAAGUUGUGAACCAACUCAAGAUGAAACAUGGAGAGGAGGUGAAAAUGGCUCUUUUUGUAUAGAAUUUGAUGCAAGUCAGUAUCUUCAAUAGCAUAAAUCUUUUUAGAAUUGAUUUCAUCAAAAUAUUUUUUUGACAGACCUAAUUAUGAAUCACCAUAAACUAAACAUAUGUGUGAAGCUAAUCCAGAUUUUUGGUGCUAUACCAAAAAACAGUCAACACAAGUAAAAGAAUCCUUCAGAUUUGUAGCAAGAAUGGAUUUUUAAAUUUUUUUUUUUGCUAUAUCUUCAAGUUGUCCUACUCCAAACAUUGAGUUAUAUUUUAUAAAUGUAUAAAUAAUUUGGUGACAAAAGACACAAUUUUCCAUUACAAGAGACUUGCAUGCGACAUCCUCACUCUGUGUAGCUAUUUAUAUCACCAUUUAUCAAUAGACAGUUUAGUGAUGUUAAAAUAUAUGGUGUGGAUGAAAACCGCUGUAAAGUUUUUAACACGGAUCUAAAACUAGCCGAAGACGGAGGCUAUCUAAACCAGACAUCCUUCUCUGCACACUUCCACCAAUUCACUAAUGUGCUAACAGUGGAGCUGAUGUUUCAUGUAGUGUUUUGCUAACUUUGAAAAUGUUUAAAUUCAUUUUUCUGGAGAAAUUCCAGACAGCUAAAUUACUUGGCUGUUGUGUAAACUUUCAGUCGAAUUAAGAUCAACAUGUGUGUUAAUGUUUUAGUUAAUGACUUAAGAAUUAAAGCAGUUUGCUGUUUUCAUGCUCUUAUUUUGAAGGGAGUGAAGACAUUCUGUUUCCUCUCCUCCUGUUCUUUUUCUUUUUUUCCCUAAUAACCUGAUUUCAAACAAAAUACAAACAGAAACAAAUAUUGACAAUAACGAACAAUACAUAAGCAUAAAUACAAUAGAACAUGCAAAUGAUGUCAAAAUUAAAUCAGUGUUGAGGAUUGUAGUCCUUUAAGGGCAGACAAUUUGGAUUUGAGUUGGUGCUUUAGCACUAGCUUUUUUUAAAUAAAGUAUUGAAAGCACUUUUUCAGAAUUAAUGUUUAUGAUUAGGGCAGUAGGGCUAGCACAGUUAAUUUUGUAGUUAGUGAUGUCCACUACUGUUAAUAACCAACGCAGGAGUAUUUGCAAGACAUUUGGCCUCAAAAUGCUACAUGUUUUUUUAAAAGUCCUUGUUGCAAAGCAAAAUAAUAUAUUUUUUCAAAGAUAAGUUAUAGUCAAGGACAUAUAAAUAUUUCGAGUAUAUUUGACAGUUUUAGAAGAUGGAGCAACUUCAAGCAUAGAGUUCAGUUUUUUUUUACUUUACUCCUACAAGUAAAGUUAGCACCCCCUUCAUAUCACACAAUUUAAUUAUUCAACAUCUUUAGCGUUUUGUAUCCUCUCUUAGUGAGGCGUGUCAACUUUUCCUUCUGUUUCAGCCUCCUAUGUUGCUGUACAUUAUAUAUUUUCCCACAAAACUAAACCUGAAUCUGCUGUAUUUACUUUUUGUAAACAUGUAAACAGACUUUUAUAGGGCUGUGAAUGUAAAUAAUGUAAACAGAAAUGUGGUGAUGCGGCGUUAAAGAGAAACGUUGCUCUUUUAGAAGCCUUUUUUUUAUGUACAAUGACACAUGUUUUCAUACUAAAAGGGCAAAAAGUACUUCCAAAAAGUUAAAAGGUAUUCAUUGACUCAGCUUGUACAGCAGUGUAUACAAUGCUGGCCUGUGGAAAACAAGCUUGUUUUGAUUUUUUUCAUGAUCUCGUUUCUCCGGCUGAGCUCAGAUAUUUGCUACAAACACAAAGCUGCAGAUGUUUUUGUUUUUCUACAUUGGUGCUGAGGUCUUUGCAUUCCUUCUAAGUGUGCUGUGUGUAAAUUUGCGCUUGUAUGAGCUACAUUUGGUUCUGCUCCGCUGAACGUGUUGAACGGUUGCCAGUGAAUCAAACGCAGAAAAACAACUGAAAACCUAAAAGGAAAGAGCAGAAGAAACACCCGCACAGUGUUGAGGAGUAUUGUUUUUGCACAUAUGUACUUUACUCCAACAUUCCCACUUAAAUGUGUGUAGGUUUAAUUUUUUGCUAAUAACAUGAACCAGUUUAGGUUUCACAGAUCCAGGAUUUGUUCUACUGAUUAGUAGAACAAAUCAGUCAUUCAGUCAUGGUAAGUGAUAAGUAAACUAAUUUAUGCAAAAAAAAAAAAGUUUUACCCGUAGUUAAACUAUAUAUAUCCAACAAGGUGUACAAAAACACACAAAACGAAACCCUAAAGUUAUUUACCUUGGCUGUGCCAAAAACAAUCUCCUCACCGCUGUGCUUUCACUCUGAACACUGUGUACCUUCUUUUCCUGACAGCCCAUCCGUUUCUCCAUCUUUUCUUUACUCUUCAAGUCAGAAACUGCCGUUCAUGGAGUAGUUUUCAAAGAUGCCAAAAUAAAAAAAGGCAUUGUUCAAACUGGC